AUGCCUACCUGGCUCGUCCACGGCUUUCGCUGGCCGCGUCCUCUUAUUCGAAUCCACAUCAUUCUGCAGAAUCUCGACGAUGCUGCUUCGGAAUGGGUCAUGGCGCCCGCAACCGCCUCUGCUCUCUCCGAAAACUUUCACUCGCUGUAUCCUGAAAUGAUGGCGAACCUCCCUUCCUUGCGCUUCAUCGAACAGUACGAUCCAAAUGACUUGACCUCAAAGUCCCAGCCAUUCGCCUACGUUUGCGAUCAAGUCCACGAAGUACAACUCGGUGUGGAUGUGGAUGAAGUACGAGGGAAAGGUGUCGCGAGUGAUACCUGGGGCGCAGUGGUUGAUUUGAGAGACAAGAUUGCCCCAGGGGCGAAGGUGGCUUGGUUCGUGGUGGUCAAUGGGGAUGUGGAGCGAUGGGCUCCCGCGCCUGUGGGGAUUCUGGAAGGAAGUUCUAAUGGAAGUCAACUCAGCCCGGUUAGUGGAGGGAGUAGUGUUGCGAGGGAAGAGGUGGACGAUGAUAGUGACCAGACCAAGCGCCAAUCAAAAGGUUUCAAGAAGUGGUUUGGAAGUACUAGGGCCAAGCGAUCUAAAAGGUAG